AUGUUCUUCAAGCUCUGUUGUGGCGGAGGACGCCUCAGGAAUUUCAUUCGUACUCCAAUGGCUGAGCUGUAUUCAAGAUUCACCUCCGCCAGCAAUGGCCAUUCCACCAACGAAGAACCUCUUAUUCCUAAAAGUAGAGUACUUGUGAAUACCAAUGUUUGGUUUAAGAUAUCUCUGCUCGUGACAUCCAUUUUAGUGGUUCUAUCUAUUGUUUCGUCUAUUUUGGCAUUCACACGAAAUCCCCAGGUGCCAUGGAAGCUAGUAGAUGGAAUCUGUUGGGUAAUCCAAGCUGUAACUUUCCUUGUAAUCACAGUGUUGAUCAUCCACGAGAAGAGAUUUCAAGCCUCAACGCAUCCGCUCUCCCUCCGUGUUUUCUGGGUUGUAAAUUUCAUCAUCAUUACUUUAAUGGCUGCUUCUGGUAUCGCCCGUCUAGUUUCUGGCACCAGAAACACUACACCUUUGAAAUCCGACGACAUAGUUUCAUUGAUAUCUCUACCAUUUUCGGUUUUCCUCUUAAUUCUUUCCAUAACUGGCUCAACCGGAAUCAUAGUGAAAAAAGAAUCAGAAUCACUGAACGGAAAUGGCAAUGGCAAUGGUAAAGUAUCAGAGGGUGAUGAGUUGAGCAAGUCGAUAAAAGUGAGUGGAUGGGCAUCCGCUUCAAUCCCAUCAAAAAUCUUUUGGCUGUGGAUGAACCCAUUGUUGCAGAAAGGGUACAAGAGCCCCCUAAAACUGGAGGACAUCCCAACACUUUCACCCGAACACCGGGCAGAGAAAAUGGCCAAGCUCUUUGAACAGAAUUGGCCUAAGCCUCACGAAAAUUCAAAACAUCCUGUUCGAGUCACAUUGCUUCGUUGUUUCUGGAAACAUGUUGCCUUCACUGCGUUUCUUGCCAUUAUAAGGCUCUGUGUUAUGUAUGUCGGACCUCUGUUGAUCCAAAGAUUCGUGGAUUUCACCUCAGGGAAGAGCACCUCCCCAUACGAGGGGUACUAUUUGAUACUAAUCCUUCUUGUUGCGAAAUUCAUUGAAGUUUUGUCAUCCCACCAGUUCAAUUUCAAUUCUCAGAAGCUGGGCAUGUUAAUCCGGUCCACCCUUAUAACUUCCCUUUACAAAAAGGGGUUACGGCUCUCUUGCUCGGCUCGACAGUCUCAUGGUGUUGGACAGAUUGUGAACUACAUGGCAGUAGAUGCUCAACAGCUGUCAGAUAUGAUGCUUCAGUUGCAUGCUAUCUGGCUUAUGCCACUCCAAGUGUCGGUGGCAUUAGCCAUUCUUUACUCGUACCUUGGUACACCCUCCUUGGUAGCUUUGGUCGGCCUGGUGGCAGUUAUCAUUUACGUGGUUUUGGGAACCAAAAGGAAUAACAGGUUUCAGUUCAAUAUAAUGCAAAACCGUGACUCGAGGAUGAAAGCCACCAACGAGAUGCUUAACUACAUGAGGGUGAUCAAGUUCCAAGCAUGGGAGGAACAUUUCAACAAGAGGAUUCAGGCCUUUCGUGAGUCUGAAUACGGGUGGCUUACCAAAUUCAUGAUCUCCAUUGGUGGAAACAUGAUCGUUUUGUGGAGCUCCCCUUUGUUUAUCUCUUCGCUCACCUUUGGGACUGCAAUUUUGCUUGGGAUCCCACUUGAUGCAGGGACAGUUUUCACUGCCACAUCGCUGUUCAAGAACUUGCAGGAGCCGAUUCGAACUUUCCCUCAGUCAAUGAUCUCCCUCUCUCAGGCCAUGAUCUCGUUGGGGAGAUUGGAUGGAUUCAUGUUGAGUAAGGAGUUGGAUGAGGGGGCGGUGGAGAGACAGGAGGGUUGCAGUGGCCCGACAGCAGUUGAGGUUGAAGAUGGGUCUUUUAGCUGGGACGAUGAAGCUGCUGAAGGAGGCGUAGUCAAGAAUUUGAACUUUAACAUCAAGAAAGGUGAACUUGCAGCAAUUGUUGGGACUGUAGGUUCUGGGAAGUCAUCUCUUCUUUCAUCCGUUAUUGGCGAAAUGCACAAAAUCUCCGGGAAGGUGAGGGUGUGUGGAAGCACUGCAUAUGUUGCACAAACGGCAUGGAUACAGAAUGGGACAAUCCAAGAAAACAUUCUGUUCGGUUUGCCAAUGGAUAAACAGAAAUACAAGGAAGUAAUCAAGACUUGUUGCUUGGAGAAAGACUUGGAAAUGAUGGAAUUCGGAGAUCAGACUGAAAUCGGAGAGCGUGGGAUUAACCUGAGUGGUGGUCAGAAACAGAGGAUUCAACUUGCCCGAGCCGUUUAUCAAGAUUGUGACAUCUAUCUUCUUGAUGAUGUCUUUAGUGCCGUAGAUGCUCACACUGGUUCCUCAAUAUUCAAGGAGUGUGUGAGGGGAGCCCUCAGAAACAAGACAAUCUUGCUCGUUACCCACCAAGUUGAUUUCCUCCAUAACGUUGAUCAAAUAUUAGUGAUGCGAGAUGGCAUGAUUGUUCAAUCAGGAAAGUACGACGAUCUACUAGAAUUUGGCCUGGAUUUUAAGGCUCUAGUAUCCGCCCACGACACCUCUAUGCAACUGGUAGAAAUGGAAGCUACAACAUCUGAAAGUCCUUCCCCAAGACCUCUUCAAAAGUCUCCUAGCCAUAACCCAAGGGAAGAAGAUGACAAGGCUUUAGAAAGAUCCAAGUCCAGUUCUGUCAUAGGCACAUCGAAAUUGAUCGAAGAAGAGGAGAGGGAAACAGGAAGGAUCAGCUUAAGUGUCUAUAAAGUGUACCUGACUGAGGCUUUUGGAUGGUGGGGUGUGAUUGCUGUUUUGUUUUUCUCAUUCUUAUGGCAAGGCGCACAGAUGGCAAGUGACUACUGGUUGGCCUAUGAAACUUCUGAGGACCGAGCAGCCUCUUUCAACCCCUCAUUGUUUAUACAAGUUUAUACAGCGAUAGCCGGUCUGUCCUUUCUUUUGGUAUUUGGUAGAGUCAUUUCUUCAACAAUCCUCGGGCUGAAAACCUCCCAGAGUUUCUUUAAACAGAUACUUCACAGCAUCCUUCAUGCUCCAAUGUCGUUUUUCGACACUACACCUUCAGGAAGGAUUCUUAGUAGGGCAUCAAGUGAUCAAACAAAUAUCGAUGUGUUCCUUCCGUUUAUGAUGAGCCUGACUCUUGCUAUGUACAUAACAGUGAUUAGCAUUAUCAUCAUCACGUGUCAGUAUGCUUGGCCAACCGUGUUCCUACUGGUUCCAUUGGGUUGGCUCAAUUUCUCGUAUCGGGCGUACUAUCUUGCAACAUCUCGUGAAAUAACGCGACUUGACUCGAUCACAAAGGCACCCGUUAUUCACCAUUUCUCGGAGAGCAUCUCUGGGGUUAUGACAAUUCGGUGUUUCAGAAAGCAGGACAGGUUUGUUCAAGAAAAUGUUGAUCGUGUGAAUGGAAACCUGAGAAUGGAUUUCCACAACAAUGGAUCCAAUGGGUGGUUAGGUUUCCGUUUGGAGUUCAUUGGAAGCUUAUUUUUAUGUGUUUCCACUGUGUUUAUGAUCAUCUUGCCUAGCAGUAUCGUUAAACCAGAAAAUGUCGGAUUAUCACUAUCAUACGGAUUGUCACUCAAUGGAGUGCUGUUUUGGGCUUUAUACAUGAGCUGCUUUGUGGAAAACCGUAUGGUUUCUGUUGAGAGGAUUAAACAGUUCACCAACAUACCCUCAGAAGCUGAAUGGGUGAAGAAAGACAACGCCCCUCCUUCAAAUUGGCCUUCACAUGGCAAUGUGGAGCUCAAAGAUUUGCAGGUUAGAUAUCGUCCAAACACGCCCUUGGUGAUCAAAGGGAUUACUCUGAACAUUAGAGGAGGUGAAAAGAUUGGUGUGGUUGGUAGAACCGGAGGUGGGAAAUCAACUCUAAUCCAGGUUCUGUUUAGGUCUCGAUUUGGGAUCAUUCCUCAGGAACCAAUCCUUUUUGAAGGCACUGUGAGAAGCAAUAUCGACCCUAUUGGCCAACAUUCUGAUGAAGAGAUUUGGAGGAGUCUUGAACGAUGCCAACUUAGUGAUGUUGUAGCUUCAAAACCUGGUAAACUAGAUUCUGCAGUUGUGGAUAAUGGGGAUAACUGGAGCGUGGGACAAAGGCAGCUUCUUUGUUUGGGGCGGGUGAUGCUGAAGCACAGCAGGUUGUUGUUCAUGGAUGAAGCAACGGCUUCUGUGGAUUCACAAACAGACGCUGUCAUUCAGAAAAUCAUACGAGAAGACUUUGCCGACUGUACCAUCAUUAGUAUUGCUCACAGAAUUCCAACCGUCAUGGACUGUGACCGUGUUCUUGUCAUCGAUGCAGGUUAUGCUAAAGAAUUUGACAAACCUUCACGUUUGAUCGAGAGGCCUUCACUCUUUGGGGCAUUGGUUCAGGAGUAUGCUAACCGCUCCUCUGGUCUAUGAACACUUGAAUGCUUCUGGCUGGCUUGCAGUUUUGGUGAUGACACUGGGUUUAUGUCCUUAAUUUUUAGAGAAUAUUAAGGUCGUCGUAUAAUAUAAAUAUAAAUGGUUUACUAUGUGUUUCUAUUAUUUAGUGUAAUUUAGAUGCAUCUAAAAAAUGCAAUUUGACUGCCCGGUGGCCGGUUGUCGGUUAAUGGCAAGGUCGCAAAAUGCUGGUUAAGGGGGUGUUUGGAUAAAUAGUUUUUAGCUUAUUAGCUUAUUGCUUAUUUGCUUAUUGCGGUGGCAAUAAACAUUUUUUUUUAAAUGUGUUUGGAUUAGCUUAUUGCGGUGGGAAUAAGCAAUAAGCAAUAAGCAUUUAAGUGUUUGGCAAAAUAAAACAGCUUAUAUGAGUAAAUGACCAAUAAGCAAUAAACAAUAAGCAUUCCCCACCUUGCUUAUUAAAAUCAACUUAUUUAGCUUAUUCCUACCGCAAUAAGCUGAUUUUUAAAUACUUCUAUCCAAACACUUAAAUUUGUUUAUUGCUGUGGAAUUAAGCAGUAAGCAAUAAGCAGUCUAAUUUUUCCCUAUCCAAACACCCCCUAAAUAAUUUCUGAUUAAAAUUUUAGAGUAAAUUACAUAAAAGGUUCCAUUGUAUUGUGAAAUAGACAACUUUGGUCCAACUUCUUUUUGUUACAUCGGUGGUCCCUAUGUUAAGUUUAUUGUAGCGUCCAUCGACAUUGUUUAUCUUCUGAUGUUUAAAUGUUUAACCCCUUCACGUGCCUACCAUUUUUUUUCUUUAUCUCCCAUCUCUUUGUUAAUCUUGAAAACCCCUCUAUCUACCGUCCUCUUCGUUAAGACCUACAAAUACUGUCUCCUUUCUUUUCUUUUCCUUAAAAUCGAAUCCAACAAUGGUUGUUUGUGUGUGGACGAAGAGCCAUCAUUGUGACUUCUUAUACAAACAACAACCUAUGUCUAAGGAUAUGCUUGUGUUCAAAACAAGGAUCAAAGUUCUCAUUCAUUGGUAGAGUAGACCCAACAAUGUGCAUAACGGAUAUCAUCUCAUACUUGUUGUCGUGUAAUUGAAGAGUCGCUAAAAGAAGUUUUGAAGCAAGGAAGUACGGUACAAGAUUAUGUUCAUAGC